GCCGGUAACAAUUGGGCUAAAGGACAUUACACGGAAGGUGCUGAGCUUAUCGAUUCUGUUCUCGAUGUCGUUCGUAAAGAAGCUGAGAACUGUGACUGCUUGCAAGGAUUCCAAGUGUGUCACUCAUUGGGAGGAGGAACAGGAUCUGGAAUGGGAACGUUGUUGAUUUCAAAGAUCAGGGAAGAGUAUCCUGACCGGAUGAUGCUGACGUUUUCAGUCUUCCCGUCACCGAAAGUGUCCGACACUGUUGUUGAGCCUUACAAUGCAACUCUCUCUGUUCAUCAGCUUGUUGAGAAUGCAGAUGAGUGUAUGGUUCUUGACAAUGAAGCUCUCUAUGAUAUUUGUUUCAGAACUCUUAAGCUCACCACUCCUAGCUUUGGAGACUUGAAUCACCUCAUCUCUGCAACGAUGAGUGGUGUCACUUGCUGCCUACGUUUCCCGGGUCAGUUAAACUCUGACCUGCGAAAGCUUGCAGUGAACUUAAUCCCAUUCCCUCGUCUCCACUUCUUCAUGGUCGGGUUUGCACCGUUGACAUCUCGUGGAUCACAGCAGUACAGAGCGUUGACCGUCCCUGAGCUCACACAACAGAUGUGGGAUUCGAAGAACAUGAUGUGUGCAGCUGACCCACGACACGGCAGGUACUUAACCGCAUCAGCUAUGUUCAGAGGCAAAAUGAGCACCAAAGAAGUGGACGAGCAGAUGAUCAACGUUCAGAACAAGAACUCGUCCUACUUCGUUGAGUGGAUCCCAAACAACGUGAAAUCAACCGUCUGUGACAUCCCACCAACGGGUCUGAAAAUGGCAUCUACUUUUAUCGGGAACUCGACAUCGAUCCAGGAGAUGUUUAGGCGUGUGAGUGAACAGUUCACAGCCAUGUUCAGAAGAAAAGCUUUCUUGCAUUGGUACACUGGUGAAGGAAUGGAUGAGAUGGAGUUCACAGAGGCCGAGAGCAACAUGAACGAUUUGGUGUCGGAGUAUCAGCAGUACCAAGACGCAACGGCUGAUGAGGAAGAAGGUUAUGAGUAUGAAGAAGAUGAAGAAGAAGUGCAGGAGGAGCAAUAACAACAGCUUCUCCCUUUUUUUUUCUUAAUUUGUUUGUGUGAGUUUAGUAUCUUUGGCUUGGUUUUCUCUUUUCUUUUCCAGUCUUGCUUUUUUCUUGUAUACACAUUUGGCUAUGUGUGAUUGUGAUUUUAGAUCUAAGGAUUAGGAAAAUAUAUGUUUAUAUAAGUCUUUUCGGGUGCUUGGAUUUGAGACAUUGUUUGUUA